AUGCAGCUGCCCCUGCUCCUGAGCUUGCUGGUGGGGCUCUCGCAGUGCCUGGUGAGGGUCCAGCUGAAGAGAUCAAAGUCGCUGAGGACCAGUCUGGAGGAACUGGAGUUGCUGGAGGAAUUCCCCAAAAAAUCCCCUUCAAAUGUGGGCUCCAAGCACCUCAAACCUCCUGUCAAGAUCAUCACGGACCCCCUGAAAAAGUACAUGGAUAUUGAGUUUUUCGGCUCCAUCUCCAUCGGCUCCCCACCUCAGGAGUUCCUCGUGCUCUUCGACACCGGCUCCUCCUACCUGUGGGUGCCCUCGGUGACAUGUGCCAGCAAGGCCUGCCUCACCCACAACCGCUUCAAUCCCCGGAAGUCUUCCACCUACAGAGCCCUCCACCAGCCUGUCUCUAUCUCCUAUGGCACUGGCAGCAUGAGUGGAUUCCUGGCCAAUGAAACCGUGCACGUUGGAAGCAUCCAAGUGAGCAACCAGACCAUAGGCCUGAGUGAGAGUGAGCCUGGCGCCUUCUUCUACUAUGCACCUUUCGAUGGUAUUCUGGGCCUGGCCUUCCCCACCAUCGCUGCGCCCACAGCCGCCCCUGUCUUUGACAACAUGAUGAAGCACCACGUGGURUCUCUGGCCCUCUUCUCUUUCUGCCUUAGCUUUGAGAAAAACAAGAGUUUUGUGACGUUUGGAGGCAUUGAUUAUUCCUGCUUCUCCGGGAAACUCCACUGGAUCCCUCUGUCUUCUGAAACUUACUGGCAAAUCUCUAUAGACAGGAUUAUCAUGAAAGGCCGGGUCGUUGCGUGCCCGAGGGGCUGCCAGGCUGUGAUCGACACCGGGACCUCUCUGCUGACUGGGCCCCUCGGUUCCAUCAUUGCCAUCCACGACCACAUCGGUGUCAGCGAGGACUCCAGUGGCCAGUUUGUGGUCAACUGCAGGGCCAGGAACCACUUGCCUGACAUUGUCUUUGUCAUCAAUGGUAUCAAGUUCCCCUUACCUGCCAAGGCUUACAUUCAGCAGGUGCGCCAAGGCCAUUGCAGGAGUGGUUUGGAAGGCUCUUUCUUCCCUGCCCAGUCUGAAGAGCUCUGGAUCCUCGGUGAAAUCUUCCUCUGCCAGUACUACAGUGUUUUUGACAGAGCCAACAACCAAGUGGGCCUGGCCCGUGUGCCAUGAACGCGGUGAUAGCCCAGCACGAUUGGUGUGUGCGUCUCUGGAGCCUCUGUUACAUUUAAAUAUGAGAUAGUCGCCCCGUGGGGUUGUGUGCUCCUUCUUGACCACAUCCAAACAGUCUUGGACUUGCGACAAAGGUUCCUGUGUUAUUUCCAAAACCUUCAGACCCUCCCUGCUUGCUCCACGUGACUGCUGCACAAGCUGCCCUUACGACAGCRCCUCAACUGGAAGUCACGCUGCUCUCUGGCACCCUCGUGCGAGUGGA